UUUGAAAUUGUGAUAAUGGAAGCUCAAUUUGAAAACCCACAAAUGAUACAUCCGACAAAUGUAGAUGCAGAACAGCCAGACUUUACUCCAGUGGUUCCCUCAAACCCUUACAUAGCUGGCCCAGCUAUUGUUCCAAGCCAGGCCCCAACUCCAGACCCAUCUUCACAAUAUCCAGGUCAACCCUUCCAGAUAGGUCAGCCGGUAGACUCUCCAGCUCCAGCUCAGAGUAGGCAGCCUCUGUACCAGACACAACCACCACCAAGAAGGAGAAGAGCCAAAAAGGAAUGCUGUGACUGUAAGAUGAACAGUGACGAUCAAGAAUGCCUGAGAUGUCUCUGCUGAUGUCUGUGUCUCCCUAUAUAUGUUUGUAUUUUAUGCUUUAAGAAAUAAAGUUACUCAGUGG